UCGCGAAUUUGCAUAAUUUCCGGAAAAGAGGACAACCUCCAAAUUUGCGAACAUUUUUUCCUGGAAAUUUCCGUUCUAUUUGAUUUUCAUCGCUGACUUUCCAGAAUUUUCGGUUGAAUGGUUCGCUUUUCGGAAAAUUUCAACCAUGUCUGGAUUUUCUGAAUUCUUUCCCAAGGAAAUUUCCGUUCCAAUUUUUUAUCGAAUGGAAGAGCCCCGGGUGUAACAGUAAUAUCAGUUCCCCCGUACCCAAAUCCCUAGUGUUUUAGUUAUCCCCAGUAUAGGGAUACCCAAAACACUGAAAGCGUCAGAUACCCUAGCCUGGGGCAAGUGAAAUCAUUCAUAAUUCUGCUCAAAAACCAUUUAACCUCCAACGAAGUUUUGUCUCAAUAAAUUAAAGCUUUCUCAAUCUUGAUAUAAACGCAUAACGUCGCUGAAAAUAGUCGCAAUUUAUAACAGACUGUCUGAUCCGAGUCCGCAGUUAUAACGGCAUACAAAACCGGAUUUGUUUGCCGUUAUAACUGCGGAGUCGGAUCAGACAGUCUGUUAUAAACUGCGGCUAUUUUCAGCGACGUUAUGUGUUUUGAUUUAUUGAGACAAAGCUUCGUAUUUUUACUGGGGAUAUAGCCUACGUGUAGCCGUACCCAACGCCCGAGGAAAAACGGGAGGGAGGGAACGUCGGCUACUUGGGAUACCAAUCGGGGAUAACGCUAAACUGUGACAGCAUUGACAGCAUUGGGACCUGGGAUGGACUCGCGCCAGUCCACACGAGCGUAUUUUCAAGAUGGCGGCCAACGCGACUGCGAGCAAGAUCGAGCUAAGUCUGCUAAGUCUAUAAACCGUAUUUAAGCCUUUAUUCUGUUUUCCAAACAUGGAUGUAAUGAAUCCAACGUUAAUAAACAUAGGUGGACGAUGUUACCGUAAAAUGCCGUUUACACAAAAAAUUGAACAUCAUUCGGACCAGGUUUCAGGCCAGCAUUAUGAAGAGGAUUUGAUUUGGGAAGAUGAAGCUUGUGAUACUGUUGAGUCAGUUGAGAAGACCGAACAAGGAUACAGACUGUCCAUGGAAGUUCCAAGUUCAUUGUUUAAAUUUAUUCUUGGAAAGAGAGCAGAAACAAAAAAGAAAAUUGAAAAAGAAACGAGCACACAGAUCAUGAUUCCUAGGCAGGGAGAAGAAGGAGAUGUUGUUAUAACCGGCCCCAACAGAAGUGGUGUUGUGGGAGCAAGAAGUCGCAUUGAAGUGAUAGUUGAAUCAUCAAGACAAAAGAUUCCUUUCACACAUUUUUUGUGUUUUCCUCUGUAUAAGAGCAACUUGGCAAAGAAAGUUGAUGAGUUUAAAGUGAGAGUGCUUAAAGAUUGCUUUGAGUGUCGAGGAAUUGACGCCAGCAUAUUUCAGUUGCCAAGCAAGAUUCACGUAACUGUUGGUAUGAUGACCUUGUUAAGUGACAAAGAAGUGAAAAGUGCAGCAGAAUUGCUGUCAAAAUGCUACGAAGAACUUGUAAGCAAUUGCCUCCAAGACACUGCAGUAGUUGUUGAACUCAAGGGUGUGGAGUACAUGAAUGACGAUCCAGCCGAGGUUGAUGUUUUGUAUGCAAAGGUGCUCAUCAAAGAUGGUUCCAACAGGCUACAAAAUCUUGCUGAUGCCCUGGUCGAUAAAUUCGUAUCUAAAGGUUUAAUGAAACGAGAAUAUGACCGAGUCAAGCUACAUGCGACUGUAAUGAACACCAAACAGCGUGACAAUCCUGACGAGCAAGCACCAGCCAAAAAGAGCAGGAGUGAUGUACCACCCAGAUUUAAAAAGAGGAUAUCAUUUGACGCUAAAAAAAUCAUUACGUUGUUUGAAGACUUCAGCUUUGGCGAGUAUCACCUGGACACGAUUCACCUUUCCAAAAGAGGAAGCUUCGAUGCCGAGGGACAUUAUGAAUGCGCUGCGUCUGUUCCUCUACCGUGAAACAACUGCAGUGAUUUAUAGCACAAGAAAAUGGGUCAAACGCCGGUUUUCUCUCGAUCAAUACAUAAACACAGUCGAGAAGACAUUUCACACGACGAAUUAAAUUCUAACUGGUUUGCUGCGAAAACUUUUCAAGUCAAAUAUGGAAAAGGUAUCAAAAGAGCUUUUCUUAGUGUUUACCCAAUGACUGUGGAUGUCAUUACAUUGGUAAAAUCAAAGUAUUGGCUGGGACCAAUCGGAAAUCGAACUGGUAAACCAGCGCCAAGCGCGAGAAAAUAUAUAUGGUGCAUAUCUCUUUAUCAAAUAUUGUUCCCAAACAAACGACCAUUGUCCUUAGUAAGAGGGUUGACUAUAACAAACGGUUUUAAACUGCCCUCCCAGGUUCGCAACCAAUAAAAAGAAAUUUUUGACUCAUCCCUCAACCUUUAGCAAUGCGAAUCAGAGAAAGGCGCAAACACUAGCUGGUAUAAACAAGUUGCGAACUGUAAUUGUGUUACGAGGGAAACCAAUCAGAUGGGGGAUAAAUAAACCGAAGUUAGAUGAACUCAAAAAGCAAUUGUCGCCGCAGUUUGAUCUACCUGGUGAUUGGUCGACCGCGACAUGAUUGACGUGUCAAGACAAAUCAUUCUCGUCCUCGGAGCCCUCGCUCGGAGACGAGAAUGAGGUCAAAUCAAAGAGUUCAAGCUCUUCGGAUUCGUGCAAAAAUGAUCAAUGAAGAUAAGUUAGAAUUGCAAGGUUAGGAAGCCUUAGCCAACGCAUAUCCGAGCUAUGAUUCCAGUAAUUCGCUCUACCGUUCUUCGAAAUUACCGCCUAUCAAUGAAUAGACAGUGCUUUCACUGCAGUCAGUUCUCCGCCGAUCAUCAGAUGAUGCCAGUUACUACAUAGUGUUGUGGCAGGUGUUAUCUUAAAUGUUAUUAGACCGAUUAUCUCAGUUUGCAUCUUUUAAUGUCCCCACGACGAAAAUAAACCAUGAAGAGACUGGAAAGAAAAGAAAAUUUCCAAA